AUGGCGUCGUCGUCUCAGAAAUUGACCGCUUUUUGUUUAGCCGUUAUCGUCGUCUUAGCUCUCACCGCAACCUUUUUCCGGAACAUUGAAAUCUCUCCCUCCAGGAAGCUGAAAACAGAGAAGUUGCAGAGCUCGAAAAACAGCUCAACAAUGGCGGCGACAAGGCUUGAAGGUGUGGAGUUGAAGGAAGAACAUGAACACGCCGUUAAUGAUCCAGAUAAAGUUGCUGAUGAAGUCGCUAAGCUUGUUCAUAUGAGUGAACAGAACAGGACAGAAAGGAGGAAGCUUGGAUUUUUCUCAUGUGGAACUGGUAAUCCAAUCGAUGACUGUUGGCGUUGUGACCGUAACUGGCAUAAGAACCGUAAACGCCUCGCGGAUUGUGGGAUUGGUUUUGGACGGAACGCGAUUGGAGGUCGUGAUGGACGCUUCUACGUCGUCACUGACCCGACUGAUGAAGACGUUGUUAAUCCCAAACCCGGAACUUUACGCCAUGCGGUUAUCCAGGAAGAGCCUCUGUGGAUUGUGUUCAAAAGGGAUAUGGUGAUAGAGCUGAAGCAAGAGCUGAUCAUGAACAGUUUCAAGACCAUUGAUGGCCGUGGUGUUAAUGUCCAUAUAGCUAAUGGUGCUUGCAUCACUAUCCAGUUUAUCACCAAUGUCAUCAUUCAUGGUCUUCACAUUCAUGAUUGCAAGCCUACUGGUAACGCAAUGGUUAGAAGCUCUCCGUCUCAUUUUGGUUGGAGGACAAUGGCUGAUGGCGAUGCUGUCUCUAUCUUUGGAUCAUCUCAUAUAUGGAUUGAUCACAACUCUCUCUCUCACUGUGCUGAUGGACUUGUUGAUGCUGUCAUGGGUUCCACUGCUAUUACCGUUUCCAAUAACCACUUUACCCACCACAAUGAGGUGAUGUUGCUAGGGCACAGUGACUCGUACACAAAAGACAAGCUGAUGCAAGUGACCAUUGCUUACAACCAUUUUGGAGUAGGACUGGUUCAGAGAAUGCCAAGAUGCAGACAUGGGUACUUCCAUGUGGUUAACAAUGACUACACACACUGGGAGAUGUACGCCAUUGGUGGAAGCGCAGAGCCAACCAUCAACAGUCAAGGAAACAGAUAUGCUGCUCCUAUGGACCGUUUCGCCAAGGAGGUGACGAAAAGGGUAGAGACGGAUGCAAGUGAGUGGAAGAAGUGGAAUUGGAGGUCAGAAGGAGAUCUUCUACUGAAUGGAGCAUUCUUCAAGGCAUCCGGAGCAGAAGCUUCAGCUAGCUACGGACGAGCCUCAAGCUUAGCAGCUAAACCAUCAUCAAUGGUUGACUCUAUUACCUCUACUGCAGGAGCACUGGGUUGCCGCAGAGGCAGACCUUGCUAG